UGCUGCUAGAUUUCGCAAGCUUACACGUGAUUUCUGAAUGCUGCGCAUGCAACGUUGAAAUUGAUGGGCAGACGGUAAGAGAAAGAUGGCGAGUACAAUAGUGACGAGUUUGGCUUGGGUGAGGAGAGGAGUGGCCAAGGCUGUCCCAGACAAGAUCGAGCUGUCCAAAGAGGAACUCAAGUUAUUGAUAGACGAAGGUCAAAGGUCAUUGGGGGACCUCAAUCUCAAUGACGACGAUGAGGAAGGGGAUGAAGUGGUUGCCGAGGAUACGGGAGAUGGAGAGUGGGAGGAUGUUGAGGGGACAGAAGGAGCAGAAGCAGGAGCUGGAGGAGCAGAUGCGGCCGACAAAUUCUACAAGAUGGACGACUAUGAUGAAGAGCCAGAUAUUCCUGAUGUCCAUGGUUCUGGGUUUCACAACUUUGCUGUCUACGCUGAUAACAAUGAUGAUCCUUACAUCACACUCAAAGAAGAUAGAGAGGAAAGGGAUGAGAGAGAAGAUACAAAUAUCAAGCCCACUGACAACAUGAUCGUGAUUGGAAAGGCCUUGGAAGACUUCACAAACCUAGAGGUUUACGUUUACAAUGAAGAAGAGGGUGUCCUGUAUGUACAUCAUGACGUUCUGCUUUCAUCAUUUCCUCUGGCUUUAGAGUGGUUGAACUUUGACCCCUUAGAACAACAACCAGGUAACCUUAUCGCCGUGGGUAACAUGACACCUGUAAUCGAUGUAUGGGAUCUUGAUAUCAUGAACGCAGUAGAGCCAGCCUUCAGCCUGGGCAAGAAGUUCAAGAAGAAAUCAAAACAGAAGCCUACUGCACCCUCACUCAAUGGUCACAUUGACGCUGUCCUAGAUCUGUCCUGGAACCGUCAUCUUGGUCACGGCUUGGCCAGCGCUUCAGCCGAUGAAUCCAUCUUACUCUGGGAUAUGAGUCAGAGCAAGGCUAUAUCACUACUACAAAGACAUACAGAUAAGGUUCAAACUCUGGAGUGGCAUCCCUUUGAAAUGCAGUCAUUACUCAGCGGCGGGUUUGAUGGGAGAAUCAAUGUUUAUGAUUGCCGAAGCGAAGACAGCUUCAAGACGUGGUCGGUAGAGGGAGAGAUAGAGAGGGUCCUGUGGAACCACUUCCAACCUUAUAACUUCCUGGCAAGUACAGACAAGGGCUACGUGUAUAACUACGACAUCCGUACAGACAAGCCUCUAUUCACAUUGCAUGCUCAUGAGAAGGCUACGACAGGGAUCUCACUGAGCCACACAGUCCCUGACCUCCUAGUGACCUGCUCGGCGGACAACUCCUAUAAAGUCUGGGAUACACAGGAUAACAAACCAGGUCUAGUGGUCUCCAAGGAUCCCAAGAUGGGCAUCAUAAACAGCGCCAUCUUCUGUCCUGAAUCUCCAUUCCUCGUCGCUAUGGGAGGUGAGAGGGACAGCCUGCGUCUCAUGGACCUAUCCGAUCAUGCACCUGUUGUGAAGCGAUUUGCAGACAGGCAAAGAGAACCGGUCCUCCCCCACCCAUCAGAGAUAGCAUACAGAGGUCAAAGUUCACAAGAGGGUGAAGCUGAUGCAGCCACUGCCGAGGCGGAUACCAUGGAGACGGCAUCAGAGACAUCAUCGACAACGUCGUCGAAAAGCGGAAAGAGGAAAAGGAAGAAGAAGAAGAAAACCCAAACCCAAGAGCCCAGCGACUGAAGUUCCGACAGGGUUGGGACUCGAGAUAAAUUGUGGACUAUUUAUGAAAGAAAGGUCAUCUAUACUCAAUGUUAAAGACACUGAAAACUGUUGGAGUGGCUACCUCUGUAGAAAGGGCAUGAAGAAAAGAAGAAGAGUAAUACUCAAGAAUCCUGUGGCUGGAGUCAUUAUAGACUAUUUAUGAGGCAAAUGUCUUCUGUACUAUGUUCAAACUGUCGUUAUCGUCACCUCUUAUAAUGGUCAACUGGCUAUAAAGUAGGCACCUACAUAUAUAUUAUCUCCCUUGAAGAAGAAGAAAUGUAUGAGGUAGAACUUCUCUUGAAAGGCCACUUCCCUGUUGUGGUCACUUUUAAAGUUGCUCAAGCAUGGGUAUAUAGAGGGCAGCACUCGGACAUACAGACGCGAGCGUAGUACCCACUGGCUCAGUAUUACGUAGUGAUCGCCAAGUUGCCUACUUCACGAACGACUAUAUACCCACUCAUGAACAUCUUUAAUGUU